GCUCUAAGUGAAAUAGUCCACCACUAAUUGAAUCAAGCAAACCAGCGUCAGAAAGUUUCCUCCAGCUUCAAAUAAUUAUUGCAAUGACUUGAAGACAUGAAGAGAUCUUGGACAGCGAUCGUUUUGACCUGUCAGAACAUAGACAGCGCCCAUGCCUACCAAGAUGAGCUGACCUUACGACAGAGGAAAGGGCUGAUCCCAGCAGACACCCUGCUGCUGACUGUGGAGGACCCCAAGGCUCAUGUUGGCAGUGGGGGGGCCACGCUGAAUGCUCUACUCAUCGUGGCAGAACACCUCAGUGCCAGGAGUCACUUUACAGUUGUGAAUUCAGAUGUGCUUAGUGAUGCUGAUGUCCUCAUCAUGCACAUGGGACGUGACUUCCCAUACAAUCCCUGUGGGAAGGCCUUCACCACCCUCCCAGCCACCCUGACUGCCGACACUGCUGUUGGAUAUGAUGGCUUGUUCUGUAACCUAGACAGCCUGCUGGACACUAUGACCAGGAAGAUCUCACCUGGGUCUCCCCCUGGAGUUUGGGUCUGCAGUACAGAUAUGCUGCUGACUGUUCCCAACAUUUUAGAGGUGGACUGGACAGAUUUUGAUGGUGUCUGUGCUAUAACAGUAGCUGCAGAUGUAACCUAUGCCAGGAACCAUGGUGUUUAUAAGGUUAAUACUGAGGGCACAGUUGAAGACAUAGUGUACAAACCGUCCAAUGUUGGUAUGCAGGAGCUGGUGACUGCUGAAGGAACUGUUCACCUGGUGGCAGGUGUGGUGUUCCUGUCAAGCAGUGCAGCUGAGAGGCUGUUGACUGUACAUGUCACACCCCCACUGGAUGCCUGCACUUACCUGGGUUUGGACAGUGGAGCUGAGCCAAUCAAGCUUUCCCUGUUCUUUGACAUCCUGCUGUGUAUGGCUACUCUGGUGACAGAAGAGGCCUUUGUGUCGGGUGAUCGUAGCGGCCAGUACGGUGGAACACCGAGACCGAGGAAUGAGCGAGAGGUCAUGACCAUGAGAAAUGCCAGAGCUCUGCUAUGGAAAACUCUGAGGGGAAUCAACGUGAAAGCAGUGUGCAUACCAAAUGGCCGCCACGACUACAUGACAGAAAAUGCUUCGGUACACCUGCAGCAUUUGGUAAAGUGCCCUUUGCAAACGGACCCAAUCUGCAACCUAACCUGGGCUCCCAUCACACAUUCCGCAAUACAGGAUGGCUGUACAGUUGAAGAUGGCAGUGUGGCUGUGAAUUCUGUGUUAGAAGGAGGAGUUUGUGUGAGCUCUGGGUCUGCUGUCAGUCACUGUGACCUCAAGGUCAGUUGUUGGCUUGUGCUUUUUCUGUGCAGCAGUGUGGAAAAUGUAAACAUGUUCUUGUGGUUUCCAUUUAGAAGUAUGGUAUCAACAUUGUAUUGUGGCCCCAUCUGUAUCCCUGAGGGGUGCUACCUGCAUGCUUUGGGUGAGGAGGUGUCUCAGAUUCUAAGAGCAGCAGAGCUUGUGCCUCACACUGUACUGCAGUGCUUCCAUGUCAAACUGUUUGGAACAAACACAGCCACAGUUUACACUGUCUUUGGAACUAAGGAUGGACUACAGGCCACUGCUGGAGAAGACAACACAUUUUGCAAUGAAUCCUGGGAUGUGUUCUUCCAGAGAACAGGAAUUCUACAUGGAGAUCUGUGGGGUCCACACAUGCCAGCAGAUGAGUGCUGUUUGAUGAAUGCUAAGCUGUUCCCAGUGUUCCACCCCACAGAGCCAGUGGGCAUUGCUGAAGUCUUAUGGCUACUCCACAACUCUAAAGGAGUCUCCCUGUUGGAGAGGUGGAGGGGGUCCUGGAGAGUCAGUCUGCAGGAGGUGCUGUCCUGUGUGGACCACUCUGCUGAGUUCAAGUGGAGAAGAGAUCUUUUCUAUAGUGUAGGACAGCACCAUGUGCGGAAGGUACUACUGAGUGGAAAGGGGGGUUGCCUUCUGCCAUUCUUCAAGUCUGCAGCAGUAGAAGGCUACCACAGACAGGUGCUGGGUACACUGGACCAAGUGGCUUUGGAAGCAUGUCCACAGGUUGUGACGAGCACGGCCACCCCAGGUGUGACUGCCCGUACCCUGGCCUGUAUCGCUGACGUGCUGGGCAGCCUGGUGGGGGGGCAGUGGGGGCUCAGGAGUGGGCCUGCUGCCAACAAGAAGUGGCAACCAGCGUAUCAGCUUCUAGAGGCAGGGGAAUAUGCAGCUGGUGUACAGGCAUUGGCACUGGAGAGAGAAUUCUGGCUGGACAGCUCCAGACCAGACCUCCUGAUCCGAGCAGCCCGACACUAUGAGGGAGCUGAACAGAUUCUCCGGAGACAGAUAGUAAUGACGGCAAAACAGUUCAUCCACACUCAGCAGAGCCCUGUUCCCAGUAUGGGACAGUGGGGGGUGGCAGAGUGCCCUGCUAGAAUAGACCUGUCCGGAGGAUGGAGCGACACCCCACCCAUCACAUACGAGCACGGAGGCUCCGUCACAAAUGUUGCUCUUCUCAUCGAUGGCAAGAAACCAAUCGGGGCAAAAGCAAGGAGAAUACAAGAGCCAGAGCUUGUUCUGGUGAUUGAUAGUAACCUUGACAACAGCAGCGUGCGCCUCACCUGUACUGAACUUUCUGACAUGGAAACAUACUGCCAGCCCCAUGCACCAGGAGCCCUGCUGAAGGCAUGUGUUAUGUGUGCAGACCUGGUCACCCUCCCCUCCCCCACCAGUCUACGGGAGCAGCUACAGACCAGACAUGGGGGUGGGUUUGAGCUGCACACAUGGUCGGACAUCCCUCAUGGUUCAGGGCUGGGCACAAGCAGUAUCCUAGCAGGGGCUAUCCUGGCUGUACUGUACAAGGUGACAGGGCGGGAGGCUGACAACCUGUCCCUCAUGCACGGUGUUCUGUAUGUGGAACAGCUUCUCACUUCUGGGGGAGGCUGGCAGGACCAAGUCGGGGGUCUUGACCCUGCAGUGAAAAUUGGUCGCUGUAGACCACAGAUUCCAGUGAAAGUGGAGGUUGAACACAUUUCCGUUAGCGACGAGGUACUUCAGGCCUUGAACAGCCGGUUGGUUCUGGUUUACACCGGCAAAACCAGACUAGCGCGGAACCUGCUACAAGAUGUGGUCAGGAACUGGUAUGCUAGGCUGCCUGAAGUGGUAGCUAACUGUGAUGACUUGGUGACCAAUGCAGAAGAUUGUGCCAAAGCAUUUAGAGAAGGUGAUUUAGGUGCUUUAGGGGCCUGUAUGGACCGGUACUGGGAGCAGAAAAAGAAAAUGGCUCCAGGCUGUGAGCCUGUGGCAGUGAGGAAGAUGAUGACAGCUCUGAAACCUCACGUCUAUGGACAGGUACUUGCAGGAGCAGGGGGUGGGGGGUUCAUGUGCGUGCUGACUAGGGACCCUGGUGGGCUCCAGAUAGUCAGGAACAUUCUGCAGACAGCAGGGGUUGGGGAGGAUGUGAGUAUCCACACAGCUGAAGUGGACACCACAGGGAUCACCGUUACUACCUUGGAAUAGACCAUGAAAUGUCUCUCUUGAUCUUGGAAGACUGACACUAUGUACAGUCAAAAUUGACGACCACUCAUGAGAAUAGGUGGUUCCUUUGCACGGGAUUCUUAGUGCUUGUGUCAUUGGGAAAAUUAUUUUUAAAUGGACCACCAAAAUAAUGUUUUGAAAGGAAUGAAUUUGAGCCGAUAUAAAUGACAAUGGUGUUGCUCCUUGCGGUCCCCCUUUGUAAUUAGGCAAUCUGGAUGAUUAAUUACAGCUUGGACGAGUGAAGCCAGACUUUGGCGGCAUGGCGCCACGUCAAUGGCUGAUUUGAGCUGAAAUGCCGCCGUGCUAAUUAUUAUCAGAAGCAUCCCCUUAUUUGAUACCGACAAACGCUGUAUGUGGUCCGGACGCUGACAGGGCGCGGUGGUCACUGAAUUCCUCAAAGGGUCAUUAUACCAACGGAUCUCGAGGUAAAAGCACACAGACUUUGGCUCGGAACAUAUUCACCUUGGCUAGGUGUUCAAAGUAAAGGCAGUCGCUUAAUUGUGCAGCUUUAACUGUAUGAUGUAAUCAUGUAGAUAGACACUGACAAGCAAUUAUUGUUAUGUCUUACACCUACAGACAAUUGUUUUCCAUUCAUUGGAAGCCCUAUAACUGUGGCAGAACAAGGCUUGUUGCAUGACUGAAAGGUGCACAAGAGAGAUUGGUCUUAUAACAAAUGCAAUUCUUCCAAAGUAUGAAGCACAAUGUUCCAUAGUUUGACAUCUGUCUACUCUGCACUGGUAGAUCUAAACAUGUGUUGUUUUGAUGGUGGCCAUUAUAUUGUCCAAUAAUAAGGUACGUGUAAUUCAUAAAAUUUAUAAAUAUAUGUGCAAAUGCAAUUCUUAAUAAUGAAUGUAUGUGGAAGUUAAACUUGAAUAAGUGAUUAAAUUUUUUAAUUGAAAUGGUGCUAUUGUAUUCUUAGGUAAUCAUUAUCAGUAAUCUAUGGCUGUAAAUACAAUGUAUGUCAUUAUCCAAAACAUACAAUGGAAUAAAAGACAGUGUGUAAACAUGAA